GGUGUGAGGCAAUCAGAAGAGUGAUGUAGCAGUGUGUCUGUGUGUGUGUGUGUGUGGUUGGGAACAGAGGAACAUAGGGGCUCGCCGUGACAGGGCACGCGAACAGACACACACACACGCACACACGCUCUCUCGCAGCACUGAGGCAAGCGAAGUAAGCACUUGCAGUUUCUUCAUUCCUUCCAGCUGGACUGCUCAGUUGGGAUUCCCAAACCGAGAGAAAUCACACCUCCCCCCCGCCCCCCCCAUAACACCUGUUGCGGGGUCACCAGCCCAAACCCAGGCUCCCCUGCAUUAGCGCUACUGCCGACCCAGGAAGUGCUUCUCAUUCCACAUCCUGUGGAGAGGAAUGGAGGAGCUUGGACAGGUCUACCCCUCUGAGGCCACUCCCCCUUGCAACGUCAGCCACGCCCCUCCCGCCCCCCCAUCGUUGGCGGCUGCUAACGAGUCGUGCGCGGAUCUGAGCUGCUACAUGGUGCUGACGGAGGCGGAGAAAACCGCCAUCGGCUCCAUCUGCUUCCUGGCGGGGCCCGCCACCUUCCUGGAGAACGUGCUGGUGCUGGGCGUGAUCGCCGCCUCCCGCCGCCUCCGCCGACGCCCCUCCUACCUCUUCAUCGGCAGCCUGGCGCUGGCCGACGUCUUCGCCAGCUGCUUCUUCACCUCCAUCUUCCUGGACUUCCACCUGUUCCGCCGGCGGGACGGCCGCCACGCCUACCUGUUCAAGCUGGGCGGGGUCACGCUGGCCUUCACCGGCUCGGUGGGCAGCCUGCUGCUGACCGCACUGGACCGCUACGUCUGCAUCCACCACGCGCCCAGCUACAAGGCGGUGCUGACCCGCCGCAGGGCCCUGCUCGGGCUGGCCGCGCUGUGGGCCGUCACCGCCCUGGUCGCCUUCCUGCCCCUCCUGGGCUGGACCUGCCCCACGGGGCUGGUGCCGCCCUGCUCCCGCCUCUUCCCCUACAUCCACAGCCGCUACCUGGCCUGCUGGACGGGCUUCAUGCUGGCGCUGCUGGGGCUGAUCCUGGCGGCCUACGCCCUGGUGCUGUGGCGGGCCCACCAGCACGAGGCCUCCAUGGUGGGGCUGGGGGGCGGGGCCUGCGGAGGGGGCGGAGCCCGCAUGCGGAUGGACAUCCGGCUGGCGCGCACGCUGGGGCUGAUCUUGCUGAUCCUGGCGGGGUGCUGGCUGCCCGUGCUCUCCUUCAUGCUGGCGGACGUCUCUCAGCGGCUCACCCGCGCCCACCAGCGGGCCUUCGCCUUCUGCAGCACGCUCUGCCUGGUCAACUCCGCCGUCAACCCGCUGCUCUACGCCCUGCGCUGCCGCGAGCUGCGCCAGGCGCUGGCCCGCCUGCUGAAGCAGGGGCGGGGCCGGUGCCGGGGGAGGCGGGGGCGGGGCAACAGCAGGGAGGGGACGGGGGCUCCGUCGCAGUCCAUCACAGAGGGGAACGGCAGCAGCCCGGGGUCCGAGGAGGAAGCGCUCGGGGAGUCCUUAUCCGAGGCGGUGGAGAAGAAGCAGCUGGCCGUGAUCAGGAAGUGA